AUAAUUGUUCUUGGCCUUUGUUUAGAAAUGUAUGCCUGCAAACUUGAGUGCUGAUGCAAUCAACUGCUCCAGACAUUAUAUUAGCAGUAAAUUAACCAUCCUCCUCCCAGGCAAAUUCAUGAGAACGUUAAAGAGCUUUGAGCCAAAUGCCAGGUUUCUUUGGCGUGAUGAUUGGAUGUAAUCAAUUGGGAAGGUUCGGUCACUAACCCUACUAUGGUUAAUGUUUAAUGUUUAAUUGAAAAAAGGAUGAAAUUGAAAGAUGCUGUCGCACUCUUGCUAUUGAAUCAUGUUCAUCGGCACAUCCUGUCUCCCGGGGAUUGGCGCUGGUCCUGUGGCACCUUCUGUACAAGUGUUUAUGAGGCCAAUCAAACCGUGCCAUGUCAAGGCAUGAUCAACAUUGUGGCCAAUCAAGCAUAUGCUGCGUGUUUCAGCUUCAUGGUGGAAUUGACAAACAUGCCCUUUCAAACCCACCAAAUGGUUGGUGAUGGGUCAGUGGAUGGUAAUGGAGAUUGGAGAGGAGUAGAGCCCCAUGCAGUGAUCAUUCAAAACUUUAAAAAGCAGCCCCAACACAGCUUUUCAGCUUCCACUUUCCAGAAAUUGGAACCAAAACAGAAAUGUCAUCCUCCUACUGUCCUCUAUUCUCCUCACUAGUCCUUCUCGCCCAAAACUCACCCUUCCCUUUCUUCAAACUCUGUACCAUCACAUCACCUGCAUUGUAAUCCGAGAACUGUAGAUUACUAGAUUAGAAUAUUGGAUAUGAAAGGAAUGAGGGGAAAACUCUUCAGGAAAUUGAAAUUCAUCCCAUCAUUCAGCACCUUCAAGCAAGGUCUAGUCCUUCAGCCAGACCCUUCUGAAAAGCUUUCCAAUCAAAACUGUCAAACUCCACCAGUUUACAAAGAACAGGAUCAGAAGAGCAACAGCCUCUCAGAGCUGGUAUUUGGCAGCUCUGGCUCAUCUGAACACGAUAAACAUCCUAAAGAUGAAGAACUGGAAUUGGAUAACUUUACAUCCUCCAUGAAGUACCCCAAAGACAAGGUGGCUGCCAAGGAAAGUCCAGAGGUCAUCAUCAUGGAACAUUGCAGUACACAUGAUGAGGCAAAGGACAGUGAAGAACGCCCUUCUCUGUCAGAUUUUGAACACGAUAAACAUCCUAAAGAUGAAGAACUGGAAUUGGAUAACUUUACAUCCUCCAUGAAGUACCCCAAAGACAAGGUGGCUGCCAAGGAAAGUCCAGAGGUCAUCAUCAUGGAACAUUGCAGUACACAUGAGGCAAAGGACAGUGAAGAACAGCCAUCUCUGUCAGAUUUUGAAGAGAAUUGUCCACCAGGAGGAAGUGAGUCGAUCAUUUUCUACACAACAAGCUUGAGGGGUAUUAGGAAAACAUUUGAAGACUGCAACACAAUCCGGUUCUUGUUGGAAAGCUUUAAAGUGUUGUUCUACGAGAGGGAUGUUUCAAUGCAUUUGGAAUACAGGGAAGAGCUGUGGAGAAUCUUGGGUGAUAGAGUGAUCCCUCCAAGGCUUUUCAUAAAGGGGAGAUACAUUGGAGGAGCCAAUGAAGUGGCUGGAUUGCAUGAACAAGGCAAGCUUAGGAAGCUUCUGGAAGGCAUACCACUUGACCUGUCCAGUUCAUGCAGUGGCUGUGCCAAUGCCAGGUUUGUAGUGUGCCUUAAUUGCAGUGGCAGCCGGAAGAUUGUUGCUGAUGGGGAGAACAGUGAAUUGUACAUCAGAUGCCCUGAAUGUAAUGAAAAUGGGUUGGUCCAAUGCCCAAUUUGCUACUGAGAAUCUAACUGAUAUUGCCUUGUUCUACCUCUUCCUGAUCUGCUUGUCUUGGUGGAGAAAGUAUACCAUAAUGGUGUAGAGUUUUCAAUGGGGAACCUUUCAUCCUGGGAUUAAAUUUCAAAGAGAAUGAUGCUGCUAGCUGAGAGUAGGAAUCUUAAUGAUAACAUGUUAUUGACUGCUAUGGCAUCUUAACCUAUUGUAUAUUAAUGAAUGAAUAUUUACAGAGAUUUAGAACCUUUAGGGAAGCCACGCAAUUAAUGUAUGAUCAUUCUAUCAAUCGGUAUUGUCAAAUAUUAGAUGCAGACCCUGAGGAGAAUUUAGUAAUGCGAUAUGUGCCUUGCCUCAGGAAGCAGGAACAAUGAUAGUGGUGGAAAUAGAAGAGGCCGUUUGUUUUGGAGGAAAAAAUUUUCUGUAAAAGAUUUUAUUUUUUUUUAAAUGUUUGGGGUGACAAAAAUAUUGGUGAAUCUGAAAAUA